AUUGACAAUCAAAGUUUGGCAAGUGCGAUCUAAGGAUUGGCGCUCUCGCGAAAGCGAAAAAAAUGGCAAUUUAAGGUUUUCGUGCGCGAUAUUCGCGAUAAGAAAAAAACAAAGAAAAACUUGUGCAACUGAAGGAUUACGAAGAGCAACUCUACGAAAGACGAUUGGUAUAUCUAGGCGCUACGAUGGUGGAUUACAGCAAAUGGAAGAACAUCGAAAUUUCAGAUGAUGAAGAUGAUACACAUCCAAAUAUUGAUACUCCAUCCUUAUUUAGAUGGCGUCAUCAGGCACGGAUCGAGAGAAUGGAAGAACAAAAGAGAGAACAGGAGGAACACAUGAGAAAAAAAGCAGAAACAUUACAGAAAUUAAAGGAUACAAAAGAAAAAUUAGCUAAAUUAGAAAGCGAACAGAAAGAUUCAGCUGAUUUAACUGGAUUAAAAAAGGUUCUCCAAGAGCUUGAAGAAGAAGAGAAGAAAAUUAAAGAAAAGGAAGAAGAAAUGAAAAAGAAAGAGAGAUUAACACCUUGGAAUGUAGAUACCAUUGGCCAAGACGGUUUUACAAAAACUGUGAUAAAUAAAAAGCCUCCUAGGAAGGACGACGACGGUUUAUCUGACGAAGAAAAGGAAAAACGAAUGAAACAAUUUGUUAAAGAAAAUGAGAAAAAGUUGAAAGAAUUUGGCAUGCUAAGGAAAUAUGAUGACAGUAAGAAAUUCUUGCAGGACCAUCCACAUUUAGUUUGCGAGAAUACAGCAAAUUAUUUAGUCAUCUGGUGCAUUAAUUUAGAAAUGGAAGAAAAACAUGAUUUGAUGGAGCAUGUUGCUCAUCAAUGUAUAUGUAUGCAAUACAUAUUGGAAUUAUCUAAGCAAUUGGAUGUUGACCCACGGGCAUGUGUUGGAUCCUUUUUCAGUCGUAUUCAAAUUGCCGAAGUAGAGUACAAAAAUUCCUUCGACGAUGAACUGAGAGCAUUUAAAGAUAGAAUACGCAAGAGAGCAGCAGAAAAAGUGGCUGAUGCAAUUAGAGAGGCCGAGGAGGAGGAGAAGAAGGCUCGUCUGGGUCCUGGUGGACUUGAUCCAGUCGAAGUGUUUGAAAGUCUUCCAGAGUCUUUGCAAAAGUGUUUUGAGACGCAAGAUAUCCCUCUGUUACAACAAACAAUAGCCGCGAUGUCGGAGGAAGAAGCAACAUAUCACAUGAAGCGUUGCGUUGAUAGCGGUCUAUGGGUCCCCGAUGCAAAAACCAAGGAAAAGGAGGAACAAAACGCUACAAAAGAAACGCCAGAUCCAGAAUAAUGACAUUUCGAUUGAUCGCGCCUAUGUACCAUUAUCGAUACUCAGUGAAAAUCAGUAUCUCAGUUAUACAGGAGUAUUCUUUACGCAUAAUAUGAAAUAUAGUACAUUAACAAUAAAGUUGAUGUCUUUGCGAAA